CGUAUCGUCGUCUUGGUUGGACGCAAUGCAGCAUUUGCACAAGCGGAGCAAAAUGGAGGAGAUUGAUGGGGCGCACAGGGUGGAAGCUAAUGUCCAAAGGCUUGCCAACGAAACGUCUCGACUGCAUCAGCAGCUUGUUUCCCUUCUGACUCAAGGCUUUUCUAAGACACCACCUGUGGAGAUUCAAGGUGCUCAAAACAAAGCCUCUCCUCAAACUUCAACAGGCAAUGUAGAGGGAGGUUCUCCAUCUGAACCAGGGCCCUCAAGCAGCAAACAGGUGGCGCAAGGGGCUGAGGAUGCUGUGCUUGAUGAUGUGGCAAUUAGACCGGAGAAGUUGGUUCAAAGUGUCGUUGGGGCGCCAGAGCAGCUGGAAAACCCUGUCAAGGUCGUCGCAAAACUCUUGCAGCAGCAGAAUGAGCUCAUCACUGCUUAUGCACUCACAAAAGGUCAGGAAACGAGCAGGGACUACAAGUUGACAAAAGAGGAGCUCCUAGUGGAAAGGCGAAAUGUUUUGAAGAAGGUGGCAAUGAAGAUGCAUAGAGCUGAACAGGCGAUGGAGGACGUUUUGGACAAAUGCUCCAUGUACAAGCGGCCAAAAUUAAGCAAUAACCUUGUGGAAGAAUCAUGGAAAGAGGGUCAGAGGCGCAUUGCGAUUGGGGACAUCGUUUCAUAUGCUCACAAGAUCAGCUACAGCACCUUUGCCCCUCCCAGUUUCAUCACGAAUCAGGAGCUGCCACCUGGUUUUCAGCCCCCAGCACCGCAAGCUGAGCACAUGAGGGCCUCCGCAUUGUAUCAGUUCUCGGAUGAGGAACUUGGAUUCAGGCCUGUUCCGAGCGCAACACCUCUUGAACUGAAAGCGCCCGAGCCAUCGGCGAGCGCUCCAGAAGCCCUCCCCAAGCCCCCUCCUGGGUGGAAGCCUGGCAUGCCGGUCGAACUUCCCCCUAUGCCACCUGGAUGGAAACCAGGAAUGGAGCUUCCGCCCCCUCCACUAGCCCUUGCAAACCUGCCCCCCAUGCCCCCUGGCUGGAAACCAGGAGACCCGGUUCCUCUGCCCGUUGUACAGCCACAGAUUCCGCCCCCCGAGCGUCUUCGGCCUCAGGCUCAGCCUAUUCAAGUGGCUCAUGUCGAUCUGGAUCUGAACCCGGAUUUAGAGGGAGGCUUCUACUCGUCAGAAAGCGAAGACGAGGAUGACGACAGUGAGAGCGAAGAGGAAUAAAGAUCAUUAGCGGGCUGGUGACGAAAGAAGUGUGUGGUGAUGCUUAUGAUCGAGAUCAAGUGAUCUUUCUUCCGUUGCCCGACUACAUGGACACUUUGGCCGUAUCAGUGGCCGGAUGCCAGCAUGAUAGACUUCAGUUUCAUUUCAUGAUAUAGUCAUGAGACGGUAUUGUAAAGUUGCAAAAGGGUUUCCACUUUGAGAACCUACUAAGUCCUUCGUCCAUGAUCAG